AUGGAGCACAACUUGGAAAGAGGACCGCAGGGUGAUGGUGUGCAGCUUCGUGGUGCUGGUGAUGCAGGUGUUGUGGCUGCUAAUGCUGGGGGUGCUGCUGGUUAUAUUGGUGUAAUGAGACCAAAUAAUAAUGGUGAGGAUAUUAUGGAAAUGAAGAAAAAGAUGGAGUCCUUGGAAGAAAAACUCAAGGAGAGGGAAGAAAAAUUUUGUGUUGAUGAGCACAUAGGUCUAGGGAGUGUUGUUGCUUGUGCAAAUAGGGCACAAGAGGUUGUUUGGCCAAAAAGGCAGCGUAGAUAUGGUGGCCUGCCCAAAAAGGACUGUGAGCCCCUAGAAGAGCUUUAUGAAGACCAACUCUCUCAGCUGCGGUGGUUGGGUUUCCGUGACACUCAUGACAACAUACAAGCACUGGUCGAGACAUCUGGUGAUGUUCAUGCAGCGGCACUUUUGCUUCUUCAGGACCUUUGA